AUGGCCGGUUCAAUCAUGGAUAAUGUGGGUAUAUACAAGAAAUCCUUUACAUAUAUUCCACCAACACCACCUUCGGAGCUCAUCGAUUCUACUAACUAUACGUUAAACUUCGUCAAACGUAAGUUUAUUCAUAUUGGCAUCGAUCCGAGUGAUAUGUUCAGAGUAGCAGUGCAUAUAAUUACACCAUCACGUUAUGUUAAUAUUUCAACGGAUUUUCUAAAACGGAUAUUUUCACUGAUGGGUAAUAUCCUUUCAUUUAUUUUGGAGCAACCAGGAAAAUAUAAAAGAACCAUAUUUCUCGAGUCAGAGAAUUUCAAAUUAUCCAGCAUGAUGUAUAGUGGUGAAAACACCUUAGUAAUAGAGUCUAAGAAACAUAAUGGAUGUCGAGUUCUUUUAAAUCGCGUGGAACUCAUACAACUUCAAUACUUGGAAUGGUGUAUUUUUGAAACAAUUGUACGAAAAUCAACUAUCAUGCAGCCAAUCAUUUUAAAUCAAUUUGAAAUAUUUACCGAGUAUCUCGAUAGAGAACUUAACAAAAUGGAUUCAACGGCAAGAACGAGUGAAGAAAUGGUUAUAUUUAUCAAAAAUGUUCGUGACGGUCAUAUUAUUGCAAACAGUCCUAAACAUGAUUUUAAUUUCAUUAGUCAGCUUAAAAUGUAUGCAUUAACGCAAUUAGCUGAACAUUCAAUACAACGGUGGAAUGUGGAAAUCUCACCUGAGUUUUUUGAUGGAAAUGAAACAGUGAGUUCACCAACCUCACCACUGCCAAACAUCAAGACAGACAAUACAAUUGAUACACAGGAGGAAGGGGAAAAUUUCAAAUCAAGGCCAAACGAUUCAAUUCACGAUCUACUACAAUCAUUUGAUGUUAACGAUGGUCCUGAUUAUUUCAACACGCAACCUCCACAUCAUCAAUUAACGUAUGCCACAUUCCAAAACCCAUUACAUGGAAUAAAAAGAGCAAACUCUUUUUAA